GGUACCAGUUGGAGUUGUUAAAGAUGGCGGCUUCACUUCGUAUAUUGGCAAAAGGGAAGUUGUCAACCAUGCAGCCUGCGUUGAGGGCAAUUUUUUCCAGACCGUGCCCAGCUAUUCUUUCUAGAGGACUCUCUUUAACAAGCAGACGACCCGCAGGAGGGGAUACCAUUCCAACUGAUGCAGAACAAGCCACUGGUCUCGAGAAGAUAGAGUACGAUGCCAUGGCUGCUGGAAUUCAAGAUCCAUUCAACAUGCAGCCUCGUAGCGGGCCACCUGGUACCAAAGACAAACCUGUUGAAGUUUUGUCCAUGUUUGAUGAGCGCAUUAUUGGAUGUGUUUGUGAACCAGAUGCAACUAUGAUAGUGUGGAAGAAAAUUUAUUUGAACGAGCAAACACGAUGCGAUUGUGGGCAUUGGUUUGUCCUAAAAAGAGGCAAUCCUUUAAAAGUUGAGAUUAAUGACCCCGAGGACCAUCAUCACUAGUACUAGUACUAGAAGUUUCCUUUCUUAACUCAAAAUUAACUUGAUUAUAUUCAAGCAAGUAAAGUGUGUAUUAUGUGUUGUAAUAUGAUGUUUUACAGGUUUUUGUCCUUGCAUAAAAAGUGCUCAACUUCUUUCUGAGCUACAGUUAUUUGACCACUAGGCAAUGUGUCAUUAAAUGAUGUUUUUGAUUGCAGUUAAAUAAAAUUUUAAAGAAUAA